AGGCCCCGCCCACCAAGCUGUUUUCCUAAGACAGCCUUCCUGAGCAGGCUAUUUUUGGCCCUCGUGACAGUGAUUGAUAGCUGCUGGGAAGGUAUAAAAGCAGCUUGCCUGCCAAGGUUCUUCACACUGCUCAGGGAAGAGCCUGCUACAGUGGACUGUGAGACUCAGUGCACUGUCCUCCUCCCAGGGACCCCACGCUGGACCCCCUGCCGGACCCUCCACCCUUCAGCCCCCAAGCUUCCCAGGGGCUUCCUUUGGACUGGACUGUCCCUGCUCAUCCAUUCUCCUGCCACCCCCAGACCUCCUCAGCUCCAGGUUGCCACCUCCUCUCGCCAGAGUGAUGAGGUCCCGGUUUCUGCUCUCCGUGGCCCAUCUGCCCACAAUUCGGGAGACCACGGAGGAGAUGCUGCUUGGGGGUCCUGGGCAGGAGCCCCCACCCUCUCCUAGCCUGGAUGACUACGUGAGGUCUAUAUCUCGACUGGCACAGCCCACCUCUGUGCUGGACAAGGCCACGGCCCAGGGCCAACCCAGGCCACCCCACAGCCCAGCCCAGGCCUGCCGGAAGGGCAGCCCUGCCGUGUCCCUGCGAGACAUCACCGCACGUUUCAGUGGCCAGCAGCCCACACUGCCCAUGGCUGAUGCUGUGGACCCCCUGGACUGGCUUUUUGGGGAGUCCCAGGAAAAGCAGCCAAGCCAGAGGGACCUGCCAAGGAGGACUGGCCCCUCUGCUGGCCUCUGGGGUCCACACAGACAGAUGGACAGCAGCAAGCCCAGGGGGGCCCCCAGAGGGAGGCUCUGUGAAGCCAGGAUGCCUGGGCACUCCCUGGCAAGACCACCGCGGGAUGGGCAGCAGAGCUCUGACCUAAGAAGCUGGACUUUUGGGCAGCCUGCCCAAGCCAUGGCCUCCCGCCACCGCCCCCGCCCCAGCAGUGUCCUCAGAACUCUCUACUCGCACCUCCCGGUGAUCCAUGAACUCUGACCCCUCCCCAAUAAAGGCUUCUGUAAAGAGCA